AUGGAGAUACCCAAGGUAAUGAAUUUCUCCGACAUGACAAAGUUGGAGAAAGAGAAAGUUCGGCGAUGCUGCACGCCGAAGAGGGGGAGCGGCAACUUGGAGGUGCCGGAGAACAUCUUCGAGAUGUGGAAGGAUGCGGGAAAGGGGCGGGACAACUUGUUCCGUAUGUGGGCAAAAGCUGGUGGGGUGAAGGCAGGAGGAUUUUAUUCCAAAGAUGAUAUGAAAACUGAAUUGGGGUAUAGCGCGUCCCGGAUCGAGAAGGUCGUUGCCUGGGCUGAGAAGAAGGGGCUCGUUCGGACCUGUGAGUAUGACGAUGAGACCCUGGAGUACUGGGUGAAUAUCAGGACGAGCGGCACCCUCACCAAGGAGGACAUGGAAAUGCUCGAAAGGCAGCAGAGCUACACCGGUGAGGGAGGGGAGGAGUUGAACUUCAAGCCGGGGGUUGUUACUGAUGGUUUCAGCUUCGAAGAUGAUGACCCGAUGGUCCAUGCCGGGGAUCAUGCCAAAGAAGGCGAUCAGCAUAAGAGUGCUGCUUCCCAGAUGAAAGAGUACAUGAAGCACGUGCUCAAGGCCAAGAGCUCCCUGGAGGGCUGUGUGGACAAGAUUCGUACCGCAGUGGCUGGGGAUGCUAAGAACAAAGAGACUGGGAAAAAACUUGACAAGAUGGACCAGAUGGUCAAAGAGUUUGAAGGCCUGUACGAAGAAAUGGCGGAGGCCCAUGCGGAAGGUCGCACGGCGGGCUUCACUGAGCUGCAAACCGAGUGCCAGGGCUUCUUUGCCAAGGCUCAGAAGCUGAUGGCGAAAGCGACCGCCCUGGAAGCUGCCAACAAGUCGCUGCUCACCAGGGCACGCAAGGCCGCGAAGAAGGAAGCAGCUGCUGGAGAGUGCGCCUACGACACUCCGAAUGUCAGCGAGCAGGUCUGCUUGAUGGCAGUGAAAUAUGGCAAAGGUGCUUGGGGCCCAGCUGCACAGGUCUGCAACCGCCCACUGCUCAUGAUGACCGCUGCAAAACUAGAUAUCUUCCCAUGGAGCGAUUCGGAAGACGAGUCAAUGGUACGAUGCCAGUCAGACAUAGAUAUGGCUAGCCCCACAUCUGCGGCUUCUGCAAGCACUCGGGCCACUGAGUCCCCUGCUAUCGAAAAUCUGGGAGCUGCAAGCUCGGACCUGGAUCGGCGAGUGAUUUCGGAGACCGCAGUUGCUUCGAAGAUUUUAUGGCAUUGUAUCAGAGUGAUCAAUGCUGUGCGGGAGGAGCUUGGGGGCAAGAAACUCUGUGUAUUCAAGAUUGGCCUAACAUCCGAUCCACUUCAGCGCAGGAGAAGCUAUUUAGCACAGAAUUUCAAGUGCUUCGUUGUGCUCCACGAAGUAUGCCAGCCAGAGCUGCUCGGGAUGAUGGAGAUGCUUGAAGCUUCACUGAUUGCGGAAUUUUACGACAAUGAGCGCUGCUGCCGAAACCGACAACUCGGUGGAGAGAGUAUGCGCAGGAAAGACUUUGUCCCGGCGAAAGAUCUGGUCAUCGAUGCGCAGGCAGCAGCGAAGCGAGAUCCUUGCCCGGUGCUGCACAGCAUCGCAAAGUUGCCAGUUUCUGAUGCCGAUGCUCCCUUGUUUGAUAUACUGCAAAAGCACGCUGAUUUGGGUUUCCCGAUCGACUUUAGCUGGACAAAGGCUGGCAAUACGCACAGGUAUCCCUUUUUCAGCCCGAAGGCUAUGGUCCAAACGUUGGAUAAAGAAGGUUUCUUUCAUCGAGUCUUGGGGGUACCCGUGCACUUGGCAAGCGAAGCUCUUGAUUCUUUUUGGACGAAGUUUCGAGCCCUUCACCCACGACACGAAGUCUUCCAUAGACCCGGGCCUGAGGAUAUUGAUUUUCAGAAGCUGAUCCCGUAUUACUUGCAUGGGGAUGGAGGCCGAGGGUUUAAAAAGGAUCCGAUCGAGAUCUUCUCAAUGUUUCCAGCCCUUGGCACUGGGUCCCGGAAGAGUCCUGUGGACCUGAGUUCAAAACGUGUUUUGGAGCCUGAAAUCGAGCUUGGCAUCAAUCUGCUGGGGCACUCAGGGGCCACAAGGUUCUUGUUUUCUGUUGUGAGCAGCUUGGUCGCUAAGCAUGAUGGCCAAGUCUUCGACGACCUCAUGGACCGUUGGGGUCGAGAGUUGCGGUCACUAUUUGAUCAUGGCUUUCAGGCUGCAGGCUGCAAAUGGCGCAUUCUGGUGAUUGGGUUCACUGGGGAUUCUCCUUUUGUUAAGAAGGUUGCCAAGUCGACCCGAUCUUUUCAUAAUGUUCGUAAGGGUCCCAAAUCCAAGAAUGCACAGAAGGGAUGCUGCUGGCUGUGCAAUGCUGGCUUUGACGAUCCCGCAACGGGCAUUUCCUUUCCGUUUGAGCACCUGGGCUUCACAGAGCCCUUGUGGUUGGGAACCACCCACCUGGACAACCCACUGCCCUGGCUAGGUAAUGGUGGUCCGCUCAUACAGCGGAUGCUAUUGGACAGGGACCAGACACCAGCAGCUUUUUUCAGGCCAGACUUCUUCCACGUGUUUCAUGCUGGAGUUGGACUCGACUUCACGGCUAGCGCUUUUAUCUACAGCAUGAAGGUUCUGUUUGGACGAGGCUCCGUCGCGAAGGACCUGAACACCCUGAACGAAGCCCUGAAAAACUGGUUGCGAACCUCCAAAAGCAAACCCCACUGUGGGACUCUGACAGAAGACUUGCUUGGAUACACCGGGACGCGAGAGUAUCCGGAGUCGCGCUGGUCCAAAUGUAUGGAUACCGCAAUAUUCAUGGAUUUCCUCCAGUAUUUGUUGGAAAGACCUGAUUUCCAGUCCAAAGUUGAAGCUGAUAGCAUCCUCACUGAGAUUUUGCACUGUGCAAGGGCAAUCAACCUGGCUAUCAGAACAGCCUUGGAGGCUCAGUACUACAUGACGCCAUCUGACACCGAGAUCGUGUUGGAAUCAGGCCACCGAUUCCUUACAGGCUACUCGACUUUGGUAUCCAUGUGCUACAAGGAAUCACUGUGCCUAUUCAAGCUUAGGCCUAAGGUGCACUAUCUCAACCACAUUUUUUUGCGGGUCUACGAAGAAUGGAAGACCACGGGCUACGCGGUGAACUUCCUCGGCGAGGCCACGUUCAUGUCAGAAGAUUUCGUGGGGAGGACUGCACGCAUUUCCCGAAGAGUCAGCACAAAGGCUGUGGCUGUGAAAACGAUGCAGCGCUAUGUAUUCAUGAUGCAGACAGCAUUACGAAAAGAGACAUUUGAGAUUAUGGAUGUGAGUAUGCUAUGA